GUUUUUUUUUUUGUAAUUUCUGAUCGAUUCUCUUCGUUAACAUUAUGUACAUACAUGUAUACAUACAUAUGUAUGUGGGUGAACUAUCGAUGCGGCGGUCGAAAAUAUCGAUAGCACGCUCUCUGGCUCAGUCAGAGAGAUUUGUGGAAAGAGAGAGCGAGAGAGCGAACGCAAACUUUUUUGUAAUUGAUAGACUCUCUUCGUUAACAAAACUCAUGUAUUUCAUACAUAUGUAUGUAUGUAGGCGAACUAUCGAUACAACUAUCGAAAAUAUCGAUACCACUCUCUCCGGUUCAGUCCCCCACUGUCGAUAGAAAUUCUUUGAAUCAGCUGUGGCCCAUGGAAAGUAAACUCUUUGGAAACAAUAAGAAAAAAGUCUGUUCUGACUAAUUCAAUUUUCGAACUGGGAACAAACUUUGGUCAAUGUCCGGCGAAGCUAAAAAGCAAACAGACAAACAAACGGAGCUGAAGGACCUACUGGAUAAAGACAUUAUGCACUUGUUUCAAUUAUGCGUAGGAAAUAAGAAAGGAGCCCCGGACUGGGCCAUGGGAGGCCAACUGGAAACGGAAUUGAACCCACAUCACAGAGUCGAACUUGUCCCGGAGCAGACAGCGGGGCUUGGCAUCAAUGGCCAAAAGCCAACCCUCCGAUUCUUUGGAACACUUCUGGCUGUGUGCGCGGGAAGCCCCGCAUUUGAGUGGGUCCGCAAGGAGGAUGCGAACCUUCUGCUUAUCCUUGUCGCACCGAACUAA